CCAGAAAGCAAGAUAAUAAGCUCCUCUAUGUCCGACCUACCAGACAUCGAUCUGAAUGUUCGGGGCUGCCCUUAAAAGACUCCAGAACAGAUGGAAAUCGUACAGACACAGGUUCGUACCUUGGGUUGUACUGAACCUGUCCAAAAAUGAGAAAACGUUACGGCAGGUGAGCGAGCGCUCGGAAGACAAACUGGUCCCGGACGAGGAGGUUUCGCGGAGCCUCCUGCGGCUCUUCGGCGUCCUGCUCAGGAGCCAAGUGGCUCCCCACGCGGAGCUGCGAGCUCAUCAAACUCGCCUUCUCGGUCAAGAGACGAGUGAAGAAGCCCCGCGUGGAGGAGUUUCGGUGUGCGCAGAUGAGCAUGAUGUCAUGUUACGGUCACUGGGAUUCUGCCUUGACCGGAAGCCCAGCUCGUUGCCCUUGGCAGGAACUGGAGUGUUUGUGACCAAAGGACGUGUACCCAAAGGAACUACAGUGGCCAUGUACCCUGGGACAGUCUAUCAAUUCUAUGAGCCAAUUCUCCUGCAGUCCAUCAGAAACCCCUUUGUAUUCAGGUGCAUCGAUGGUGUCUUGAUUGAUGGAAAUGACAGAGGCCUCUCCAAAAUGGUCUUCAAGUCAUGCAGUGGCCGGGACAGAAUGGGGCCUUUCAUGAUGAGUGACUCCAGCUGGCUGACCUCCAGACCACAAAACCCACUCGCUGUUGGUCAGUAUGUGAACAACUGCUCCUACGAGGCGCCCGCUAACGUGUGCUACCAGGAAUACGACGUGCCGGACAAGUUCCCCGUCCAGCUCCGCCAGUAUCUUCCCAAUGUCAACUACAGCCAUGACGCACAGCGGCCUGUACGCUGCGUGGUCCUUGUAUCGCUCAGAGACAUUGAAGCCGGCGAGGAGCUGUUGUCCAACUACUACACUAUCGUGCAUUAGAGUCAAAGUACACACAACUGUCCCCCUUUGGAUUUCAGAACUUUAACGACCUCACUGUGUGUACACCAACAAUUAUCUGAAAUAAUUGCAAAACAUCUCUGGUAUGGAAUACUGUGAUAUGCAAGUGACAAAACGCCUCUUAUAUGCCACGAACCAAAUGAGAGAGCACUUAGUGCAAUAUCUUUGCACUAUUUUAAGGAAGUAUUGGUGCUAAAAAUAUAUAACGUCGUAUUGCUUUUAACAUGCGACUAGUGCGGGACCUUUUUAGUAUCUGUAGACCGUGCAACACUAACAUGGAGACAGUCAGAUCCUCCUGUCAAUUGAUUAAAAAAUAAAAUAAACAUUUAAAGUGG